AUGGGGGGCCACGAGCACCGCGAGGGAUCCCGAAGCUCCCGCUCGAGCGCGUGGGAAGGGUUCGAGAAGCUCAAGAAGGCGCUGGAGGGUCUAGCAACGGCGAAGGGCGUGUCGCAGAGCCGCAUUGGGGCGGUGGCGAAGCUCGCAGCGCAUUAUUCCAAGUUUUAUAAACAUGUGGUGCACGACAUUGAAGUGUUUUUGUGGAAGGCGGAGGUCGAGCACCGAUUGGCUGGACUGUAUGCUAUUGACGCAAUUAUUCGGCAGUCUCAUGCCAAGAAUGGCCCGAAAGACGCGUACGUCAAGCGGUUCUUUGUUCGACUGUCGGACACGGUCGCAGCUGUGAAGAAAGUUCCUGAGCAACUUCAGCCCAAAGUGCGACAUGUGAUUGAAGAAUGGGAGAAGCGCGGUAUUUACACAUUGAAACAGAUUGAAGACGCCGGAGGGCGUGAGUACAUAUCUCAAGGACAAGAUGGAAGCGCCGCGUCUUGUGCAUCUCCAGGAAAGUUGGCGUCGUUGUUGUCAAUCAUCAAGCAGAAGAAAGAGGAGCAAGAGCAUUCCAGUGAACAGCAGGGGCGACCGCUAUAUGACGAGUCACUAAACGGAGACGGAUACCAGAGAGACAACGCUGGGGAGUAUAACCAUCGCAGUUAUGUCAAGCAACGAGCGGACAACCACCUCUACGCCAGCAGAGACGUUGGCGGUAUCAUGGGGGAUGCACCUGGCGUCCCGGUCGGAAGCGGUCGUGUUCGUAGAGUCCCUGACGACCGUCCAAGCGAUGUGGACGACCGUGAUACCAAGAGAGCCCGCGGAUCUCGUUGGGGUCCGCCUAAGCUGGACAACUCUUUGUCGCAUGAUAGAGCUGCUCCAAUAAUUACGUCACAUGUCAGAGAGGUCGAUUAUCAUCCUGAUAGCGGCAGAUCUGGUUACAGCUCACCACCUCGCCAGUUUGCGUUGUUACAAUCUUCACAAGGUGUCCCGCCAAGAUACGACGAGUGGAGCAGAAAUGUGCCCUCGUCUCGUGGUCUAGGCUCUGGAUGGCCACAUAGCGAAAGUAUGCGCUCACCACAGCCAGGAAGUCUAGGCGAGCACAGCGCAAGCCCUCGCCAUCAGGUUGGGGUGCCGCGGUCGUCGUUUCCUGGUUCGGGCGACCGACAGGGGGGUCCUAGCAAUCGGGUGCCUGGUACUUCUGGAGAAAUUUGCCGCAACUUUCUUGCUGGACGAUGCACAUUUGGUGAUCGUUGCUGGCACAUCCACGACCCCCCGUGUCAGUCGGGAGGACCCCGAGCAGACACGGCUGAAAGUAGGCGGAAACCUGUGCUGUGUAGCAACUAUCCAGUGGGCAACUGUCGAUUUGGAGAUACCUGCAGCUUUGCUCACGGUGAAGAUAAGCUCGACAAGGCCACGGGGCCACCGAGACCUCCUCCCGCGGUGCAGGCCGACCAGGCUGACAGUCGGUGGCACGCACCGUCCAGUGCCCAACUCGGCGUGGACCCUGCGUCCCGGUCCCUCGUGUCCCCCUCUGCUGCUGCAGCGCCAUCGUCUUGUUCUUCUCAAGCUAGAUCUUACGGAGCCCCCCGAGGUGCUGGGCGGCACGCGCGGCCACUCGACCUCCAGUCGGGCACAAUGACUCCCCCGCAAGGUUACCCCGGGGCAGCGGCGAGCUCGACGUUCGUGACCCAAGGCCCUUCGCACCCGAGCAGCGGUACAGACCAAGGUCGGACCCACGUCCCAGGAGGCGGUGCCUCUGUCUUGCCACCACCUUCUGGUUCUGGUAGUCAAUUGCUUGGACCUGCAACCGCAACAACAGCAACAGCAGCAACAACAACAACAACAGCAGCAACACCAGCAGCAGCAGCGACUGCCGUCGCGGCCACUGUCUUGGCGGACGACGACGAUGCCGAUAUAGUGGAGCCCAAGUUUACGCUGGAGUACGACGACGACGACUAA